AUGAAGAUCCUUGAGCAGACAGACGAAGAAAUACCCAACCACAUCGUAUCGUCUGUCGAUGCAGAUACACUGCGAAAAGAAGAGCAGUUGGCUCGUUUGCAUCGUGUCAAGCGCCGUAGAGACAGUGGAGCACAGAAGGUCAUUGAUGUGGGCCUUACAAUCAGCCGUGAUGGUUCAGACAAGACAGCUUCAACCAGACGACGAAAAAUGAAUGUAGACCCCCCAGAACAUGUGGAAGACGAUACUGACAUGGAUCAAGUCGAGACAGGCGAAGUCUUGUCGCAUUACAAGGCUCAACCUAAUGAUGCGGAUGCUGACAAGGAGAACGUAGAUGUGAGUGGAAGGUCCAUCUUCAAGUUUCAACAAACUGUAAGGAAAUCAGCAAAUACCAUGAUGAAAAAGGCACUGGUAGAGGAGAAAGAAGAACCAGAGACAUCCGCAGCAUCAACUAGUAGGAGAAAAAAGACAAAAGCAUCUAGCAAGACACAGACCAAACACGCACCUGAUCAUGCCAAACGACGACGUAUUCAGCGGCAAAUGGAGCUGCUCAAAGACAACCACAAUGACGACGAGGAUUUAGACGAGAUACCCGAAUCAUCAGACGAAGAGGAAGACAAUCCAUCAGAACAGACACUGCGCAAGCUCAACGAUGAUGAGGAAUCAGAGGAGUCAGAGGAGGAAGGAACGCAUCAAAGAAAGAGUAUGUUUGUCGAGCAAGAAGGCUACGAGAGAUACUUUCAAGAUCUCCACGGCAGUUCAAAGACCUCCAACAACACACUCUCCAAGCUGCAGGUGCUAGAGCCACAAGAGUUUCAUCAAAUCUUGCAAGCUGCUCCCAAGAAACACCAAGAUGAGGUUGCCAUUCUGUCAGAAAUGCAUAAACAACACUUUCCACAGUGGUUUUUCGAGCUUCAUUCUGGAUUCAACCUUGUCUUUUACGGCUAUGGUUCCAAGCGUAACUUGCUCAAUGAAUUUGCGCAAUCAGCAUUGACAGAUGGGCCCUUGAUUGUGGUCAAUGGAUUCUUCCCCUCCAUCUCCAUCAAAGAUAUAUUACUCAAAAUCACAGCGGGCGCACUUGGCACCACAGGAUCCACGGGUUCGAUCCAAGAUCACGUUCAGUUCAUUUGCGACUACUUUGCCAGUGAAGACCGAGACUACGAGAGCUUAUACAUUGUGGUGCACAACCUGGAUGGACCCAACUUACGAAACGAGCGCACACAAACAGCGCUCUCCAUGCUAGCCAACGCCAACAACAUUCAUCUAGUCGCUUCAGUGGAUCAUCUCAACGCAGGCUUACUAUGGGACAAUGUUAAGGCCACGCGAUUUAACUGGAUCUGGCAUGAUGCGACUACAUUCGACGAUUAUUUGGUAGAGACAAGUUUUGAAAACUCAUUGCUGGUGCGUACGGGUGAAUUGGGUGGCGCACGCGGUGCCAAGUUUGUGCUCGAUUCAUUGACCAGCAAUGCGCGUGGUGUGUUCAAAAUUCUGGCAGAACACCAAUUGAUGGAGAUGGGCAUACAAAACAUGGAAGGACGCGGUAAUGAGACCGUUGGAUUGACCUACAGCCAAUACUAUCAAAAGUGUCGUGAAGGGUUCUUUGUUUCCAGUGACCUGGCACUGAGAACGGAACUGACUGAAUUCAGGGACCAUAAAUUGAUAUCUACCAAGAAGAACUUGGAUGGCACAGAGCUCUUCUUUAUACCUUUGGAUCAAUCUACAUUAGUGAGCAUUGUGGAAGAAUUGAGCUAA